GGGGGCAUCAGUAGUGUAAAGUGGGCAGGACCGACAGCGUGUCUCGCGUCUCUUCACAUCUUCACGAGCGCGUACAGAAGCGCGCAUCAGCGAGCGCAUGCGGAUCACUCUGCGUUAUUUCUCUGAUUUUAUAUUGACGCUCGUGCUUUAUCAGACUCAAUCUGGAUUAAAACUCAUUCUUCAGGUAUACUUCAGAAGGGAUAUAAUGUAACUGCUAUGUGUGAGAAACUAAAGGAUUGAUACAAUGGGCAAACUUCACUCAAAACAUGCUUGCAAACGUCGUGAAAAUCCUGAGGGAGACAGUUUUGGAGUGAAUGCAUUUAUUUCAAGAAGAGGUGUAGAAGACGGCACACCUGAAGCCCAUCUGAAAGAUUAUCAGCAGGUAUGUGAGGGGAGUGAGAAGAAGGACGGACAAUCAUCAGCUCAUCACUGCCCUCUAGAGGUGGUUUUGCCUCCAGAGAAAGCCGAGGGUUGCCAGCGUUCCCUGCAGUAUGAUGGAGAGAGAGACGCAGUGAAGGAUGCGGCCUGUAGAGGACAUAAGCGCAUUAGUCUGGAUGAUGUGGAGUGUAACGUGUCAAUGGGUGAUGAUAACAGACAGGAGUGGAUCUUUACCCUUUAUGACUUUGACAACAGCGGAAAAGUAACAAAGGAGGACAUGUCCAGUUUAAUGCACACCAUCUAUGAGGUUGUGGAUUCGUCUGUCAAUCAGUCGUGUAACAGUAAGCGUAAGAGUCUCCGUGUCAAACUGACCGUUACACCUGAAGCCGCUGUACGCAAGAGAGACGCCAAACACGCCGGGACAGAGAAAGAUGCAAGUCGUUUGAGUCGCAUCGAGUCCUCUCACCCAGAGGAAACACAACAACACACAGCAAACAGGGGUCAAAGUUCUGAACCUCACGACAGAAAUCAGUAUUGUGUGGAUGAGAACACAGAAAGAAGAAAUCACUAUCUGGAUCUUGCGGGAAUAGAAAACUACACCUCCAGAUUUGACACUUCAUCUCCCCCUGCGGCCCAACAGGAGCAAACCUCACGAGAAACACAUUCCCAAAGUCGUUCCCGCUCUCAUGAGCCUGAGGUCCAGGCCCAUCAACGCCGGUCACAGGUCAUCACCGAUCACUAUGUGGCCCCGGACCCUCGUGCACGCGGCCCCCAGUUUAUUAAAUCUCCCAAGGGGACGUCGAGAGGAGCAGGCAACGGCCAGACCCCGAUCAGUGGAGGGGGUAAAGCCAGCAAGUGUCACGGCUACUAUCCACCACCGCACACCGGUCAGGACGUCUACCACCUCCCGCAGCAGCCUCAACCCCUGCCGGGUCACCAGCAUCCUCUCCAACACAGUCACAGCAAGAGGCUGAGGGCCAAAUCCCGAGAACAAACCCUGUCACCCUCCAAACUACCAUCACACGCCAGUCCAUCAGCACUGGACAGAGAGCAGUCGUCCGGCAACACGCCCGGCAUUGUGGUCCCUGUGGUUCAGAGGCACGAGCAUCAUCAUCACCACGAACAUCAUCAUCAUCACCACUAUCAUCAUUAUCACCAAACAUGACUUUCUGUCGCACGUCGCUCCUCUCACUGCAAUCUAAAGGAUCGUGACACCUGAUGGUCUUCACGAUGAAAAACUCUUUACGCCCGGUCUGCUUUAACAAAACUGCGGAUAUGCGUUCCUGCUUGAGCCGCCAAACUUUUCACUCGUCAUUCUUCAGAAGUUGACUUUCUGAUUCGCUCGAGCAAACAAGCAGAAGUACACCAGUUUAUUCCUGUUUUGCAGUCAAUUUUAAACUUGGGAAAACUGCUUGUGUUGUAAAAAGUAUUUCUAAAAAAAUCUCAGAAAUUACACUCCGGUUAAGCUCAGGCACUUUAUUCAUUAUAACUUAAUUUACACAUUGGCAAGUAAAUGAACAAGAUUGAAAUGAAGAGCUGGAGAUGACAUUUUAUAUAAGGUAUACUGUAUGGAGAGAUUGACAUAUAUAAGAUGUCUGUUUGAAGCCAUCUCUGGAAAUUGUAUAAAUCAUUUCAUCAAACAAGAAGGAAUUGAAUUGAUCAAAUCCAUUUCCAAUACUUAUUGAUGUUUGAAAUGUUGUUUUCCCAAAAUAUAAUCUUAAUGAAGUCACAAAAUGUUACCAGAGACGUAACAGGAUUUAAACUUAUAUCGAGAACAUAGGAAAAUCUAUAAAUUGAUAAAUCAUAUUAUCAGGAAAAUCAAUAUGAUUUCCAUCAAUUUUAUAUUAUAUUUGAUAUAUUUAAACAUAAAAAACAUGCAUGCUAUCAAUGACCUCGUAAUUUGUCAAAGCAUAAACCAUUAGACACAUGUUUUUGGCAACAUACAGUGGUGUGAAAAAGUGUUGGCCCCCUUCUUGAUUUUUUUGCAUGUUUGUAUACUUGUGUUGUCUUUGAUUAAUAUUUAAAUUUGUUUUAUGAUCUGAACAUUAAAAAAAUAAAUAAAAACAGAAAGGGGCCAACACUUUUUGACACCACUGUAUAUAUAAAUAUAUUUGUCUCUGUCUCUCAGUAAGGUUUUGUGUGACUGUAUUUCUUCAAGUAUUGUCUGCUAUACGUGGAUCUCAGGUGAUCGGUGCUGCUUUUCUGGGAUAAAGGUUAUUUCUUCUUUGGGAGACCCACCAUGGACUGAAUGAGGGUCAUCGUGUUACCAAAGGAUAUAUCACCACUGCCAGUUUAAAUGCAAAAAUAUCUUAUAAUAAUAACAUCUGUAUAAUUACACAGCAUAUGCAUAUUUAUCAUGAUUUAUACAUAUGCAUCUAUGUUUAUAUAUUAUAUAUAUAUAUAUUUUAAUAAAGUACUUAGUUAAUAUGUU